UGAAAAACUGAGCUUCAGGAUCUAGGACCUAAGUUCUUAAGAUGAGCUCGCCGUUUCCCAGCUCUUGCCCUGUCACGCAGCAGAAAAUACUGUUUCUCGGCGCGAAUGCGCUCCCCUUGCACAGUUAGGACAUUACGCCUGUUGGAGCGCUCUCAGUAAUUUUAUAUGCCUGGUUAGUGGUUACUCACAAAACGAUUGGAUCGAUCGACUUCCAUCUCUCCCACGCCAUCUCUCUGAAGCGUAACAUUUGUGUAGCACCGUUUUCAUACUAAUGGCCAACAGAGUUCAAAUUCCUUCAAGAAAUUCCGCGCUUAUUGCGAUGAUUGCAGAUGAGGACACUGUUGUUGGAUUUUUGCUUGCUGGGGUGGGCAAUGUUGACUUGCGUAGGAAGACAAACUACCUUAUUGUGGACUCAAAAACCACUGUCAAACAAAUAGAAGAUGCAUUCAAAGAGUUCACGACAAGGGAAGAUAUUGCAAUUGUGCUGAUUAGCCAAUAUGUUGCAAACAUGAUAAGGUUUUUAGUUGAUAGCUACAACAAGCCUGUUCCUGCGAUAUUGGAGAUUCCUUCUAAAGACCAUCCUUAUGAUCCUGCACAUGAUUCAGUUCUUUCGCGAGUGAAGUAUUUAUUCUCUGCUGAAUCUGUGGCAUCUGGGAGACGUUAAGCAUCUGUGUCUUCUGUUAGAAGCAUUUUUUCCCCCCAAAUGAUUGUUUCAAACUCAGUAAUUUUAUGCAUGUUCCUGUUUGCUGUACAUGUUAAGACUUCACUCCAUAAUCCCGGGAGUAAAUCCAGCUGAUGGUGAUUACUUGAUCUUUUAAUAAGCAAAAUGGGUGGAUGAUCAAUUCAUUUUC